AUGAACGGUAAUUGCCUUCCACCUUGAAGAUCGUUAUUGCAAUGUUUGCCUAAACCGUAAAAUUCGCCAUUCGACCCUAGCGGCUAUCGCCCGAAAGACGAAGUUAUACAUAAAAAUCAGAGUCGUCUCGAAAGUUGGCAUUGUUUCAUGUUUGUUUAUUUCGACUAUAAAUUGAGCCUCGUAGUACGGAUUUUUACAUCUGUGAUAUCAACUAUUUUAUCUAUAUUGUCAACAUGUAAUUACUUUAUUUCUGUGUUAAACUUAUAGAAGUGCGGUGUACGUGGAAAUUCUCAAAUAUAUGCAUUAAAUGUGCAUUAAUUCAUUUUAAUGUUACAUUAUAAUCUGUAGUAGCACGACAAUAUGCCUGUUAAAUUCGUUAUUGUGAUUCAUAUACUCGCAUCGGAUAUAGGUUUGAUUCGUCUGCUAACAGAAUUACAUUAAUUGAAAUGCAAAGUAGUAACAUAAAUAUUAUCUCAUUGUGGUAUAUGUAUGACCAUGAAAUCAGUCUCAAGAUUUGUGGUCAUCUUUUUAAUUUUUAGCGCAGUAUUUCUGUAUAUUAUUACGAAAUUUAUGAACUCUUCAGAAGCAAGGUACUCACAUGAAAUUGUUUGGACAGACGUUUUGAAUUAUAAAAACAGAAAAGAACCUAUUGUUGUCGCUGAGUUGCAGUCCAACAAAGGAUCAGAUAUGCAGAAUUAUGAUGGAGAAUUCGAAAGUCGCCUUCAUACGCACAAGAAUUCCGUGCAAGGGAGUCAAAUUGUGCUGGCAGUUGUGGCAUGUGGUGAUCGCCUAUCUGAGACGCUUGUUAUGAUCAAGUCGGCAAUCCUCUUUACGCAGAAACCACUGAACUUCAUUGUUCUUGCUGAUGAUCCCCUCAUUCCAAGCUUCAAGGAAAAGCUUAAUGAGUGGAAAGACUCAACAAACCAUUCAUUUACAUUCAAGGUUCUUCCAAUCACUUUUCCUCUGCAGGGGAAUACAGAUGAAUGGAAGAAACUGUUCAAGCCUUGUGCCUCACAAAGACUUUUCUUGCCCACUGUGCUGAAUGAUGUUGACUCCCUUCUCUAUGUUGAUACAGACACAUUAUUUCUUGGCCCUUUAGAAGAUGUUUGGAGACAUUUUGACCUUAUGAAUUCCUCCCAAAUAGCAGCACUUACACCAGAGCAUGAAGAUCCUAAUACAGGCUGGUACAAUCGCUUUGCUAAACAUCCAUACUAUGGACAUUUAGGAGUGAACUCUGGUGUCAUGCUAAUGAAUCUUACACGCAUGAGGGCAUUUAGUUGGACCAGCUAUGUUGUACCUAUUUACAAAGAGUAUAAGUUGAAAAUAACGUGGGGUGAUCAGGAUAUCAUCAAUAUUAUAUUUCACUUUCAUCCGGACAAACUGUAUAUUUAUCCAUGCCGAUAUAACUACCGACCAGACCACUGCAUGUACAUGUCAGUUUGCAAGAGUGCAGAGUCUCAGGGUGUUGCAGUAUUACAUGGAAGCCGAGGCAGCUUCCAUGCAGAGAAACAGCCCGCAUUUCAAGCUGUCUACCGAGCUAUGGAGGAGUAUCAGUUGGGCAGUGAUCCAUAUACAAAUCUGUUUCUAACCACACGGAACUACUUAGAACAAACUACUUCCACCAACUGUGGCAAGAUUCAACACAUCUUCACACAAGCAAUGCAGCAUUUCAUUCAGAAAACAUAUGGUAGAUAACAGAGUAGCUUGUCACCCAAAUUAUGUUGAGGUGGAUGAUUAAUCACAUUUAGUAAGAUUUCCUUUGGACAUGUGCUAUGAUGACUAUAUUGUGGCCAGUUUCAUAAUAACCACUGGCUAACUGCAGUUCUGUAAGCAAAUGUACAUUUGAACAACCAGCAGGGUCAUAUUAUUUACACUUUGCAUAUUUUGAUGCAUGCAGAGGCAUUCAUAACUUUCUAUCUUUGUAAAACAUACACAAGACUUAGCUAAAUCAGCUACAAACAGAAUGGAGAAGCUACAACCGAUGCGUGUAUUGAAAAUGAAUGAAUGAAACGUUAUGCAUUCUGAUGGAAUUCGUCUUGCACUUUGGUGGUGUGUGCUGAUCCUAAAAUAUUUUAUGGUAAAUAUGCUGAUAGUAAAGUACAUUUACUUUUCCCCAUUCAUGGACCUUAUAGUUCUUUGUUUAAAUUCCAGAAGCUGUACAAACAAAAUUUAGUGACCUGCUGAAUAACUAUGUUCCACAAGGCAGAUCGUACACUGUGGUGUUACUUAGCAGUGGAACGGUUAAUGGCUGGUUGUGCUGUAGGAAUGUGCUUACAGAACUGAUAUAUAUAUUUCUAGACUGGGACCAUUGUGUGACCACUUUCACGAAUCUAUUGUAUGUUUUAUACUACACAUCUUUUGUAACGUUUUUGUUGUUGUAUUUAUGUAAAUAUUUUUAUGGAGUUUUGUGUAUUACAGUGUAUUUAAAAAUGUUAAUGUUAUCAGCACAAUCUUAUUGUUGUCUUGAUAAUGUGAAAUUGCAGUUCCCACACAAAUAUUUUUCAGUAUUUUUCAUAACAAAAUCAGAAGUGUCCUUAAGCUUUACCAUGUCUGUCUAAUCAUCUGUAUGAGUUGUUCAGCUAACAGUGCUCACCAUGACUGGAUAUACGGGUAAGGAGAUGCUUUUGAUUAUAUUGGCCUUCUUGAAAAAAUUUACAUGAAGCUUUGAAAUUAUUUAUAUACAGAGUGAUCAUAAGUGUUUUUAUUGAAUUUAUUGAAAGUUUGUAAAACUGCUCUUUGUCAUAUAUUCAUUUACAUAAAAGGAAACUUUUCAACUCUUUCUACCUUUCCCCAUUGUGUGUGUUUGUAGCUCUGUUAUACCAUCAUUCAUACUUCAUGUCUUGUUUUGGGUGAUGUGGCAAGUUAGAGGAGGAUGUAAAUCCAAAACCUUUACCUAAAUUGUGUUUCUAUUGUACUUACAUUAUAAUUAUGAUCGUGAUACUGGCCUAAGUUAUUCAACUUCUGUGAAUGGAAAAUAAAAUAAUUUUGAAUUGUUA